GAUUGGAACGACCAGCGCAAGGUGCGGUUGGAGAUCAAUACUGAUGCGGGGCUAAAGGGCUGCCAGUUCGUGUUGCACAAAAAGCCGGGUGAGUGGCUCAAAAAUGGAUCGCACAACUUCUCCCUAGACUUCUCCAAAGUAGCUGAUGGGCGCGGCUUCCGAGACCUUGUUGCUCACUUGGCGAAUGAAAACUCUACUGCCAAAGUGUCCUGCUACAGCUCGAGUGGGGUUGAGGUGGCAAUUCUCGCAGCUGCAGAUGGUGCUUGCUGCGAUGUACAGGCCAUUGUCCGGUCCGGGCGCAACCUGGUUCUGCAGUAUGGACCCGCUGGCAACGAUCGUCGGUGGACAUCGUCUACGAGGCUGCGCUUGCAGAAGGCUGCAGGAGACAUCUACCAGGGGCAAAUCACGUUGGAGGCUCAGGACCUCAACAAGUAUCUGAUGUUCGUGCUGCACGAUCCCAGUAAUGACCAGUGGCUCAAGGACUCCGGCCAGGAUUUCGCCUUCGAGCGGGCAUCGAGGCUUUUCAGCGCCUUCGUAGAGGAGGCUGGGAGUGCCCAAAUCUGA